UAGAACCAUGGUUGGGCAAGAAGGUUGCUAGAACCGUGGUGGCGGCAGCAGCCUGAGUUGCACUAAGGCUUUCGGGUGUGGGGAACCGCGGCCAUGGACCAUAUCACGGUGCCCAAGGUAGAAAACGUGAAAUUACUGGAUCGUUAUGUAGGUAAGAAACCAGCAAAUGGAAGUCUGUAUCUUACUGCAACCCACCUGAUCUAUGUGGAAGCUUCUGGUGCAGCCCGAAAAGAGACAUGGAUUGCACUGCAUCAUAUUGCAACUGUGGAGAAAUUGCCUGUCACUAGCCUGGGGUGUCCCCUAAUCCUCCGCUGCAAGAAUUUCCGGUUGGCCCACUUUGUUUUAGAAUCUGAUAUUGUGUGCCAUGAGGUUUAUAUUUCACUGCUAAAGCUUUCUCAACCAGAAUUACCUGAAGAUCUGUAUGCUUUUUCAUAUAAUCCCAAGUUCUCAAAAGACAUGAGGGAAAGUGGAUGGAAGCUGAUUGACCAAAGAUCAGAUUUUGGACGUAUGGGAAUUCCUAACAGGUACUGGACCAUAACAGAUGCCAACAGAAACUAUGAGAUAUGCAGUACCUACCCUCCUGAAAUAGUGGUUCCUAAAUCUGUUACAUUGGGAACGGUGGUUGGAAGUUCGAAAUUCAGAAGUAAAGAACGUGUGCCUGUGCUCUCCUACUUCUACAAAGAGAACAAUGCUGCCAUUUGCCGCUGUAGCCAGCCUCUGUCUGGAUUUUAUACUCGUUGCAUAGAUGAUGAACUCCUGCUAGAGGCUAUUCGCCAGACAAACCCAGGGAGCCAGUUCCUGUAUGUUGUAGACACAAGACCAAAGAAGAAUUGUGUUGCCAAGGGAAAGGAGCAUCAUUUUCAUUCCGUAACUACUUCUUGCUUUUGAGGGAUGUCAUCCCUAAAUUGUGGAG